CCCCGACCCCGCCCCGCCCUGCGGCGCAUUGUGGGAUCCGUGAGCCUGCGGGUGGCGGUGGACCAGGCGCUCGGUCAUGGGAAUCCCGCAGAGCCCGGUGCUGCUUGCCUCCCUGGGGGUGGGGCUGCUCACUCUGCUCGGCCUGGCCGUGGGUGCCUUCGUGGUUCGGAGGUCCCGGCGGCCGCAGAUCACUCUCCUGGACCCCAACGAGAAGUACCUGCUCCGGCUGCUGGACAAGACGACGGUGAGCCACAACACCAAGAGGUUCCGCUUUGCCCUGCCCACCGCCCACCACGUCCUGGGGCUGCCUGUGGGCAAACACGUCUACCUCUCUGCCCGAAUCGAUGGCAGUCUGGUCAUCAGACCGUACACGCCUGUCACCAGUGAUGAAGACCAAGGCUACGUGGAUCUUGUCAUCAAGGUCUAUUUGAAGGGGGUGCACCCCAAAUUUCCUGAAGGAGGGAAGAUGUCUCAGUACCUGAACAGCCUGAAGAUUGGGGACGUGGUGGAGUUUCGGGGGCCGAGCGGGUUGCUCACCUACACCGGGAAGGGGAAUUUUAACAUUCAGCCCAACAAGAAAUCACCACCAGAACCCCGAGUGGCCAAGAAACUGGGGAUGAUCGCUGGAGGCACAGGAAUCACCCCGAUGCUGCAGCUGAUCCGGGCCAUCCUGAAGGACCCUGCAGAUCCAACCCAGUGCUUUCUACUUUUUGCCAACCAGACGGAAAAGGACAUCAUCUUGCGGGAGGACCUGGAGGAACUGCAGGCCCGACACCCCAAUCGCUUCAAGCUCUGGCUCACUCUGGAUCAGCCCCCGGAAGGUUGGGCCUACGGCAAGGGCUUCGUGACUGCCGACAUGAUCCGGGAACACCUGCCCGCCCCGGGGACCGACGUGCUGCUGCUGCUGUGUGGGCCGCCGCCAAUGGUGCAGCUGGCCUGCCAUCCCAACUUGGACAAACUGGGCUACUCGCAGAAGAUGCGGUUCACCUACUGAGCACCCUCAGCUUGCCUGCGAGUGUCCCCACUCGGUGCUUGAGCACUGCAAGCCCUAGAUGCCUUUUCUGAGACCAUCAGCCUGUGUGUGUCACUCGGGAGCUGAAAUCCAGAUGGUGCCUGCAGGAACAGCAUUCCUGCAGCCAGGGGGAUGGGCCAGGGCUGAGUCCUUCCCUCCCUGUGAUAAAAAAGCCAGGUGAGGCCCAUGGAGUCAGAAAGAAGGGAGCCUGAACGUUUCUUCCAGGAUGGCCUCGUUCCUGGAUGGCAUCGCUCUCUCGCCUGCUCUGUGCCUGUGAUGUGCGUGUGAUGUGUUUUACUUCACAGCCAGUACUCUUAGCCUCAAGGGCAAAGUCUGUAAAUGAGCUUAGGAGUGCAAGUUCAGUGGCCUGCGGACAUUGUCUUAGGGAGAUGGCAGGGCAGGAGGCAAUGGUUUCUCCAAGCCGCUAGACCUUAGGCAGAGGAGCCGUGGAAUGCGUGUGUGUGUGUGUGUGUGUCCAUCUCGGCCCCUGCCCGGGCAAAAGGGAAAUGGCUGCUUGUGGCAGGAACUUCUGGCUAUGCAAAUAAAUGGGGCUAAGGCCCCGGCGUGAUACCCAA